CUUUCAUCCGUCUGUUGAACGAAUGAAAGGACGGCCUUUUUUUGGUUAGGUUUGGUUUUCCACAACCGCCCUCUCACAUCUAGUAUAUAUAUAAACUCCAUGCAGACUGGAAGUGUACGGAAAAUGGUCAACAACAGGGCAUUGAAGACGGCUGCUGCUUUUGCUGUGGGUGCAGGUGUUGCAGUGGUUGCGACUCCAGUGCUUCUGGGAGUAGUGGGCUUCACCUCAGCUGGGAUAGCAGCAGGAUCCAUUGCUUCAAGCAUGAUGUCAGUUUCAGCCAUCGCCAACGGAGGAGGGGUGGUAGCAGGUGGCGUGGUGGCUGUCUGUCAAUCUGUUGGUGCAGCUGGUUUGGGUGCUGCCUCUGGAGUUGUGGCUGUUGUAGGAGGUACUUUAGGAGCGCUCUUCUCGUCAUUGUUCCAAAUCAAAAGAAUCAGGCCAAACUAUAAAAAGCAUGACAAUAAAAAAAAUAAAAAAAUACAACUUCAGAUCGUUUUCUUUGUCUUACUU